AUGAAGAAGGAAACACUGGAUGAUAAUAAGCUGACGAACAAGGAGAUGAACAACUUCCGGCUGAUGACCCAGCUGAUAGAACUGAAGAAGCAUAAGAAGGCAUUCAAAAUAUGCGAGCAGAUACUUAAGAAGUACCCAAAAAAUGGCGAAACGCUGGCAGUGAAGGGUUACCUACUAAAUCUUAUGGAUGAAAAAAAUAAGGAAGAAGCUUUUAAGCUUAUGAAAGAAGGAAUAGUGAAUAACAUAUCGAGCAGUUUCUGCUGGUACUUGUAUGGAUGUCUUUACAAAAUAUACAAAAAUAAUGAUGAGGCUUUGAAAUGUUACCUUAAAGCGGUAAAGCUCAACCGUUAUGACUACAAAGCGCUGAAGGAAGCAUGUGUCCUUCUGCUAUACUUAGGAAAGUAUGAACAGUUCAAAGAUCUGAGGAUAAAUGUGUAUAAUGAUACCGUGAAGGGGGUAAGAGAUAAGGCCAUUUUAAUUUUCUCGUUUCAUCUGCUUAAGCAGUAUGAGAAAUGUUCUGUGAUAAUUAAACAGGUGCAAGAUGAGUUGGCCCCCAAGGGAGGUGACUUAACCCCCAGUGAAAGACACGAUCUGAUAAUCUACAUGUGUGAAAUUUUAUUGGAAGGGAAGCUUUACAAAGAGUGCCUAGACUUACUGAAGAAAUAUGAGGAGGAACUACUAGACAAAUUGUGGUACAAUAAAAUGCUCGGGUUGGUGUACCUAUAUCAGGAGAAUUUUGAUGAAGCCAAUUUACAUUUUAGGAAGGCCUUCGAAAUGAAUUAUGAAAAUUUAAAUAUCCUCCUGUUAAUUUUAUACACGGAGAGGAGUUAUACAAUUGAUGGAGGGGCAGACGACGCGUCGAAACGGGGAAGAACACUCUCCAGCUUGUUCUUCCUUGAUUACAAAAAUGAACACAAGAUGGAUAAACAGGUUAAUGUGGAUGAAAAUGUGAAGGUAUUACUACACGAAUUCAUUUUAGACGUCUACGGAUCCAACAGAAAUAUGAAGUUGCUAGCCAGGAAGGAGAAAAACGUCUUCAAUGAUUAUGUGUGCCAUAAUUGGGGAAUGAAAAAAUAUGACGUGUACACCCUUUCUGAAUUUAACAACUUUGUGAAUGUAAAUUUGGUGGACAAAAAACAUUUUAAAGAAAAUCUACAUUUGAAAAAUAUCGAUGAAUAUAUCAACUCGAUGAAGGAAAGUAUCGAAGAAGAAAUGAGCAACAUCACCAAGGGGGACGACAAUAUCCACUCGUAUAACAUUAUCCACUGGUCGGAAAAACUCGGGGUGGACUUACAAUACUGCUAUAAGAAAAAGUUUGAAAAAUGCAUGAAUAUGAUCCACUUUUUCAAAAUAAAAAAUCUCACCAUAGAGGAGGAAAACUGCUUGGAAAAUUAUUUUAAAAAUAUGCAAAAAAAGUAUAAGCAUUCGAAUUUAUUAAAAAUAUUUCCCCUUUAUUUUUACAAUGAGAAAAAAUUUUCCUUCCACGUGGAAAAGUUACUUCGCAGUUUAUGCUUCCAGAAGUGCCUAACAAUUUUCAGCUACUUUAGGCCUUUCUUCACUUACAAAAAUGUAAAAAUAAUUCUUUUUUUGCUGCACAAAUAUGUUGAAAAUUAUGAUUGUGCAAGGGAUAUUCCCCCCUUUGACUGUGGCCCUGAUUGUGGCGAGAUCGGAGGGUGUGAAGACUGCUUGGGGGGGGACAUUGCUAAAUCAGGUGAAGAAUCUCCCAAAAAGGAAACCCACGGAUGGGCCAAAGAGACCCCCGAAAAGAGAGAAUUCACGCCUGAGCAGGACAAUAAGGAGAAUCACCUAAAUGGCGAAGCGAUAAACGGGCACCUCCCCACCGGUGAUGACAAGGUUCACGUAGAAAAAAGGACAAAUGAUGAAACAGAGGAAACCCCCCAAAUGAGCAGCGAAAAAAAACUUGUAGACAACUUCCUAGACGAGACGGAAGAAAUGAAAAACAUCAUUGGAAUGGCCACGCCCCUAGGGGGUGGAGAGAAGACCCCAAAAAAAGAACAAAAUGGAAAAAAAGGCGAAAGGUCUAGUGGGAAAAAAAACACCGAUGAGGGGAAUGAAAAAAAAGAAAUAAAACUGGACUUAAAGAAAGUCACCUUGACGGAGGAGGAAAGAAAGGAGUACUUCAUUUUGUGCAUUUACUCCUUCAUUAGUCAGUUGUAUGACUACAUAAACUGCGCGAAGGAAUCGUUAACACUUCUGAAGGACAGCUCAAACAAAAUCACCUUUAAGAAGAACGAGUCGGUUAAACAAGAACUGGUUUUUAUAAAAGGGUUAAUUUACAAGCGAAACGGAAAUUACCUAGAAGCGUACAGGCAGCUCGAAGAAUGUAGAUUAGGAAACAUUGGGGAUAGGCACAUCAACACGAAGACAAUUAAAGCAUGCUUGAAGUGUGGACUGAUAAAGGAUGCAAAGAAAAUGGCCUCCAUAUUUACGAACCCGUUGGACAAUAAUUUCAUGAAAAACAUUAACGAAACGCAGUGCUUCUGGUUGGAGUACAGCAUCUCGGAGAGCUACUUCAACAACCACCCGAACAUCCACUUGGGGAAGUACCUCAGUUUGGGGCCAGACGCAUUGUACGACUUUGGUGGUGUGGAGGAGGGGGAAAACCAACCUGGAGAGGAAAACGUAAUGAACGAGCGAAACAAAGCGGAAGAAGCGACAAACGGUCCAAAGAGCAACCCAAGCGGAGAGAAGCCAAAACUGAACCUGCAAAAAAGCAUCCUAGUCGAUAACGACAUGCUAGGGAGAAACGAAUUUAGCGACUACAGUAAAGGACUACACUACCUGCACAUGGGCCACAAGCAAUUCUUAGAUAUACAGGAAGACCAAAUCUGCUUCUACUAUUACACCAUCAGAAAAAUGCUCUACAGAUCGUAUAGGCAUUUGCUUUACCUUACAAGCGAAAUAUUCUCUUGCAGAUUUUAUCGUAAAUUUGGGAAGGCAUUAAUUAAGGCGUUACUACACAUACACGAUUCUGGAUUGUUAAAAAAAAAUGACCUCAACAAAAAGAGUAAAAAAAAGACAAAGAGUAAUGUAGCUAACCAGGAUGAAAAUGAUAUUUAUGAGCAUAUAAAAAAUGAUCCCUUGGAAAAUGCCAUGAUAUAUAUGAAAACAUUUCUGUCCCAGCCGAAUGUGGAUUUGUCUGUGUACAGAUUAAAGUUCGAUAUUGAGAGGAGAUCACCUGACAAGGACUACGGACUCAUGAUGGACACCCUUCUAACGAUGAAGUCCAUUUUUCCGCAUCAUAACUACAACUAUAAGUUUGGUCCAGCCAUUUCGUACUAUUUGUGCACAGUCCAUUUGGAUAGUGUAACCGAGGAACAAAUAAAAGAGAUUACGAGCAAGCUAAAUGACCUAUUGGGAUUGAAUCACCCUAAGUACAGUUCUGAGUUGUUGAAAGAAGUUAGGAAACAAUAUAUUGAAGAUUUCGUAAAAUUUUUUAACGAGCAUAAGAAGGGCGACUUGCGUUAUUACCAAUCAGCAUUGGAAAUGUAUCUGGAUUGUGGAGAAAAGGUAGACGGAAGACUUUUGGAAAAAGCCAACAUCGACCCCAAGAAGAAUAAACUAACGAGGUGUUUUAAAUUUCUCCGAUUUUUAAUUAAAUGGCAAGGGAUGCACGCAGAGUUGGCUCCCCUGUUGGACCACUUCAAGGGAAGCAUUCCCCCUUGCAACGGCAUUCCAGUGAGCCCGACAAGGAGUAAACAGGAGAAGAACCCGUCGUAUGCGGAUUUCCGCAUUCAACAGACAUGGGAAAAACAGUCAAUCUGA